AUGGCUGCCCCCGUCCUCCCCCUGCAGCAGGUCAAGCUGCCUGCGCUGCCGUCGACCCGCUUGACGCCCGAGCAGCAGUACUGGAAGACCUUUAAGAAUCCGCUCCUCAUCCCCUCUCCCGCCAACGGUCCCAUCAAUCUCAUCACGCAGCCCGCCGCGCCCUCGUCCGCCUCCGCCUUCCCGUCCCUCACACAGCCGCCCGACGUCUUCACCGUGACGACCGGUGCUCGCGUGCAGAUCUACUCCAUCCGCACCCGCAAACUGCUCCGCACAAUCACUCGCUUCGACGAUACCGUGCGCGGCACCGACGUGCGACCCGACGGCCGGGUGGUGGUGACAGGCGACGACACGGGCACGGUGCAGGUCUUCGACGUCGCGUCGCGGGCGAUCCUGAAGACGUGGAAGGACCACCGGCAGCCGGUGUGGGUGACCAAGUUCUCGCCGAGCGACCCGACCUCGGUGCUGAGCGCCAGCGACGACCGGACGGUGCGGCUGUGGGAUCUGCCGAGCGAGAGCAGCGCGCGGACGUUCCUGGGGCAUACGGACUAUGUGCGCAGCGGGGCGUACAUGCCUGGCUCGCUGGCGGCGUCUGGGCUGGUGGUGUCGGGGAGUUAUGACCGGACGGUGCGGCUGUGGGAUCCGCGGGUGGAGAACCGGGCGGCGAUGACGUUCAAGAUGGCGGCGCCGAUUGAGAGCGUGUUGCCCAUGCCGACGGGGACGACGCUGCUGGCUUCGGCGGAGAAUAAGAUUGCUGUGCUGGAUAUCGUGGCGGGGAAGCCGCUGCAUAUGAUCCAGAGCCACCAGAAGACGGUGACGGCGCUGGCGUUGGCGUCGAACGGGGAGAGGCUGCUCAGUGGUGCGUUGGACGGGCACAUGAAGGUGUUUGAGACGACCGGGUGGAACGUGGUUUCGGGUUCGAAGUACCCGUCUCCGAUCCUGUCGCUGCAGGUGAUCACGUCUGGGGUCGCGCGGGAGGACAAGCACAUCGCCGUGGGCAUGCAGUCGGGUCUGUUAUCGAUCAAGACCCGGCUGUCCGGCCAGCAGAAGAUCCGGGAGCGCGAACGACGCAAGGAGAUGCAGGCGCUGCUGGAGGGCAAGCUGGAGGAGCACGACCGAAAGGUAGCCAAGCAGCAGAAGCAGCGCGGGUCGGGCUGGGAGAAGCGGCUGCGCGGACGGGAUUUCAUCGGCGAAGGCGUGGACAUCGUGAUCGAAGGACAGGACAAGAAGAAGCGCAAGAAGGAGCAGACGUGGGAGUACGACCUGCGCAAGGCGCGGUACUCGGCGGCGCUGGACCAGGUGCUGGCGUCGAACGACAAGACGGCGCAGCUGACGCUGUUCACGGCGCUACGGCACCGCUCCGCGCUGCGGGCUGCGCUGCAGGGCCGCGACGAGGAGACGCUGCAGCCGGUGCUGCAGUGGGUGCACAAGAACAUCACGGAGCCGCGGCUGGUGACGCUGUGCGUGGAGGUCGCCAUGAACUUGUUGGACAUCUACUCGGGGAACCUGGGACAAUCGGCGCAGAUCGACAAGAUGGUGGAGCGGCUGCAUCGGCGGGUGCGCGAGGAGGUGGAAAUGGCGCACCAGGCGUGUCAGACCAAGGGGAUGCUGGAUAUGUUGCAGGCAGUUUAG